AUGGUGACCACAGCCGCCGCUUCUUCUCUCCCUACCACCCGCUCCUCCUCCCCUACUCCACCCACAAACCGCUUUUCCACUCCCCCACCUCCGCCACCCGCCGGCGCCGUCCCGACCGACUUCCGCUCCUCCUUGGCCGCAUGGUGGAACAACACCUCAUACAAAGAAGCUCGGAUCGCCGAGGAACGACUAUUGAGGCGGAUGGCUCACUUUCAACCUCCUCCGCCUGUCGAAGAGGGGAGAGGAUGGUUUGGACGCGCUGCUACGGCGGCGCCUACGCCUCAUCCGGAGAUGCACCAAGAAGCCCCGGCGUCCGCUGCGGACGUAACGAGCGCGCAUCAGCGUCAAGGGGAGGAGGUGUCUCAACCUAUUCCGAUCGAAGGGACAAAGCUGGUCGCUACCCUCCGGAACGUGUUCAUUUCGACGCCAAACCCGCUUGCGGCGCCGCAGCAUCCGGCGGAUCCGAUCAUCGUGGAGCACGAUUCGCCAGCGGGGUCAGCGUCAUCCUCUCAGGCGAGUCUGGACAAGACGUGCAAGGACAAGGUCAAGUCUGCAGGGAGGCGAAAGGCGGGCAAGACGGAGGAUUAUCUGAAUACGCUGGAGAUCAGCCGACCGGAAGAUCGGGGCGAAAAGGAGGCUGUUGUGGUUCUGCACGGAUAUGCCGCCGCACUAGGCUUCUUCUUCCGAAACUGGGACGCCAUCUCCCAGCACGCAGCCUCUACCUCCCGUCGCACCUUCUUCCUCGACUGGCUCGGAAUGGGCCUCUCCUCCCGUCCCGCUCCCGCCCUCCUCUCUUCACCUUCUGGCACACCCAUCCCCGCCCGCGUCGCCCGCGCAGAACACUUCUUCCUCUCAUCCCUCGAAUCAUGGCGCGAAGCGGCCGGGAUCGAGCGUAUGAUCCUCGUCGGCCACUCGCUCGGUGGCUAUCUCGCCAGCGCGUACGCCGUGCGUUAUCCACAUCGCGUAAGCGGGUUGAUCCUAGUCAGUCCGGCAGGAAUACCCCAUGGGAAGGAGUAUACGCGGUAUGAGACGACGGCGGAGGCGGAGCGGCAGCGCGCGCUGGGUGGGGGAGUAGCGGGAGUGGAGAAGGGCACAGGGAAGAAGGUGGAUGAGGAUACGAUACAAGGGGGCAGUCUGGACGAGGCGGCGGCGGCGGCGGAUGCGGAGCUGGGGGGCGGGGAUGCGGCUGCUGCGGAGGCAAAGGGAGAAGCGAAGGAGUGGAACAAGAAUCAGACGCUUCUGAGGAAGAACAUGAUGAAGUUCUUCACUUGGGGCUGGGAAAAAGGAAUCUCCCCAUUCACCUUCCUCCGCACCAUGGGCCCGUUCGGACCCAUGUUUGCCGGCCGAUACUCUCUCCGCCGGUUCGCCGCCCAAUCCGACGAGGACGUGCGCGACCUGCACGGGUACAUCUACAAUACGUCCGUCCUCAAGGGUAGCGGCGAGUUUUGUAUCAGCCAUAUUUUGGCGCCGGGGGCUUAUGCGCGGGUACCGAUUGUGGAUCGGAUAGGGGGGUUGAAGGUGCCUGUGACGUUCUUGUAUGGCGACAAUGACUGGAUGGACGUCCAAGGCGGACAUGAUUCCGCUGUCGAGCUCAAGAAGGCCGGGAAUGACAAUUGCGCAGUGCACGUCGUCAAGGAUGCCGGCCACCAUGUCUACCUGGACAACCCGGAGGAUACGAAUCGGAUCAUCGGCGAGGCGAUCCGGGCGAUCCCAAAGACGCUUUAG